CAAACACACUUCGCGGUUCAAAUUCAAAAUCCCUUUUUUCUUUGUAUUCAAUGAAAUCCAAAAUAUCUCAAAUAUGAAUACUUAUAUAAUAUACUUAUUAAUAAUAAAAAACUCAUUUGAGUUUCAUUUUUAUUGUUAAUUUUUUAUUUUGGAUUUCAGUUAUGGAAGCAACUUCAACAUGCUUCUUCUGUGGUAGAAUUCCAUCAAAAUCGAAACUUUCUUCAUCUUCUUCAUUUGGCUCAUUUUGUUUAUUAACAAAAAACAAUGUUAACACAAUCAUGUGCACACGUUCAUUCAAAACAACACCUCACAAUCGUGUCAUUCAAAACGUUAACGAAACAAAGCUUCCGAGUAGUAACACAAAAAGAAGGAGAAGAAGAAGAACAAGAAAUGGUGUAGGAGUGGAAGAACAACAAGAACAAAGGGAAAUUGAAACACCCUUUGAGAAUAUGAACAAGAGGAGUGUUGUUGAUGUGAAUGUUAAUGGUGACCCAAUUGGCUGGAAAGAUGUUGGAAAAAGUGUUGUUUGUUGGAUUCGUGAGAGUAUGAAAUCGAUGGCUUUUGAUUUUGCUUCUGCUGAGUUACAAGGGGAUAAUGAUUUUUUUGAGAUGAAGCAAAAAAUGGGACCUGGUCUUACUUUUGUUAUUCAAGCUCAACCUUAUUUGAAUGCUGUUCCUAUGCCACUUGGACUUGAAGUUAUGUGUUUGAAGGCUUGUACUCAUUAUCCUACUCUCUUUGAUCAUUUUCAAAGAGAGUUGCGUGAUGUUCUUCAAGAUAUGGAGAGUAAAUUGUUGGUUCAAGAUUGGCGUGAAACUCAGUCUUGGAAAUUGCUUAAGGAACUUGCUAAUUCAGCUCAGCAUAGGGCAGUUGCAAGGAAGAUAACACAGCCCAAAAUUGUACAAGGAGUUUUAGGAAUGGACAUAGAAAGAGUCAAAGUGAUACAGCAUAGGAUUGAUGAAUUCACCAACAACAUGUCAGAACUUCUCAAUAUUGAAAGGGAUGUUGAAUUGGAGUUUACUCAAGAGGAAUUGGAUGCUGUGCCUAAACCAGAUGACACUUCUGAUCCAUCGAAACCGAUCGAGUUCUUGGUUAGUCAUAGCCAGCCUCAGCAAGAACUUUGUGAUACCAUUUGUAACUUACAGGCCAUCAGUACCUCUACAGGAUUGGGGGGAAUGCAUUUGGUGUUAUUCAAGAUUGAAGGAAACCACCGAUUACCACCAACUACUCUUUCGCCCGGAGAAAUGGUUUGUGUGAGAACGUGUGACAGCAAGGGUGCAGUUACAACUUCUUGCAUGCAAGGAGUUGUAGACAAUCUUGGAGAUGAUGGAUAUAGUAUUACUGUUGCUUUAGAGUUACGCCAUGGCGAUCCUACAUUCUCUAAACUGUUCGGGAAGAAUGUGCGCAUCGAUCGUAUUCAAGGACUGGCUGAUACACUUACCUAUGAGCGCAAUUGUGAAGCUCUAAUGCUGCUUCAGAAGAAUGGUUUACGAAAGAAAAAUCCAUCAAUUUCCGUUGUUGCUACACUCUUUGGAGAUGGUGAAGAUAUUGCAUGGCUUGAGAAGAAUGAUUUGGCCGACUUUGCAGAAGAAAAAACGAAUGAAACCUUAGGAAGUGAAUCCUAUGAUAAAACUCAGCAGAGAGCAAUUGCAUUGGGGUUGAAUAAGAAGAGGCCAUUAUUGGUUAUCCAAGGACCUCCUGGUACAGGCAAAACCGGUUUACUCAAGCAACUUAUAGCAUGCGCUGUCGAGCAAGGCGAAAGAGUUCUUGUUACAGCACCUACUAAUGCAGCUGUCGAUAACAUGGUUGAAAAGCUUUCAAAUGUUGGAUUAAAUAUCGUUCGAGUUGGAAAUCCAGCCCGAAUAUCAAAAACAGUAGGAUCGAAGUCUUUAGGAGAAAUUGUGAAUGCGAAGCUUGCAAGUUUUCGCGAAGAGUAUGAGAGAAAAAAGUCUGAUCUAAGGAAAGAUCUAAGGCAUUGUUUAAAGGAUGAUUCAUUAGCUGCAGGCAUACGUCAACUUCUGAAACAGUUGGCAAGGUCUCUAAAGAAAAAGGAAAAGCAGACGAUAAAUGAAGUUCUAUCGAGUGCUCAAGUUGUGCUUGCCACCAAUACAGGAGCAGCUGAUCCUUUGAUUCGAAGGCUGGAUGCUUUUGACUUAGUUGUCAUAGAUGAAGCUGGACAGGCAAUUGAACCGUCUUGCUGGAUUCCUAUAUUGCAGGCGAAACGAUGUAUUCUUGCUGGUGAUCAAUGCCAACUAGCUCCUGUUAUAUUUUCUAGAAAGGCGUUAGAAAGCGGUCUUGGAAUAUCGCUACUGGAGAGAGCUGCAACUCUGCAUGAAGGAGUUCUCACUACAAGAUUAACAACACAAUACCGUAUGAAUGAUGCCAUUGCAAGUUGGGCUUCAAAGGAGAUGUAUGGAGGAUUGUUGAAGUCUUCUAAGAGUGUCUUUUCUCAUCUUCUUGUAGACUCUCCUUUUGUUAAGCCUACAUGGAUAACACAAUGCCCUCUGCUAUUGCUCGACACUCGAAUGCCGUAUGGAAGUCUAUCCGUUGGUUGUGAAGAGCAUCUAGAUCCAGCCGGAACAGGCUCAUUGUAUAACGAAGGAGAAGCUGAUAUAGUCUUGCAGCAUGUAUUUUCCUUAAUUUAUUCUGGUGUUAACCCAGCUGCUAUUGUAGUUCAAUCCCCUUAUGUUGCUCAAGUUCAACUUUUGAGGGACAUGCUUGAUGGGUUUCCAGAAGCAGCCGGUACCGAAGUUUCUACAAUCGAUAGUUUUCAAGGUCGGGAAGCCGAUGCUGUAAUUUUAUCAAUGGUACGAUCAAACACAUUGGGAGCCGUUGGAUUCCUUGGUGAUAGCAGAAGAAUCAAUGUUGCCAUCACAAGAGCGAGAAAACAUUUAGCUGUAGUUUGUGACAGCUCAACUAUAUGCCAUAAUACGUUCCUAGCAAGACUUAUGCGCCAUAUUCGACACUUUGGUAGGGUGAAGCAUGUUGAACCAGAUAGUUUUGGAGGAGGGUUUGGACUUGGGAUGAAUCCAAUAUUACCUUCUAUUGAUUAGUGUUGUAAAAGUGGCAUGAAACAAUCAAAUUAGAAAUGCCUAAGCAAUUGUUUGGGGGGAUUUUUUUUUUUGUGGGGGAGUAUUUAUAGAAUGGUUUUUUCACUUGGUCAAUACUUGUAUAGCAAUUUAUAAAUUCAAAACUUGUGUAUCAAGUAAUACUCAUGCAUGAAAAUUAUGGAAGAAAACUUCCACAAUAAUUGUAACAUAUGACAAUGUAUAUUCAUUAUUAUCAUUCUGUGAAUUGAACUACAGAUGCAAGCGUUAUGCUUGCAAUAUAA